AUGGAUUCGCAAUUCAAAGACAAAGUUGCUAUAGUAACUGGUUCCAGCUCUGGUAUAGGAGAAGCCAUUGCUGUUAUGUUUGCUUCCAGAGGUGCAAUGGUCACCUUGUGCGGUCGGAACCUAGAGAGACUGACCACUGUGUUUGAAACUGUUGUCGAAAUCGGCGGUGGACACAAGGAUCGCUUUCUUAUCGUUCAAGGGGAUAUUAACGACAACGAUGUUAGAACGCAGAUCAUAUCUAAGACAAUAAAUGCAUUUGGGCGCUUGGAUAUUCUGGUAGCUAACGCCGGGGUUUCGACCAUUGGUCAGCAGAUAUCAACUGCUACAGACGAAGACUACAAUAUUAUCAUGGACACAAAUCUAAAGUCCGUCUUUUUUCUUAUACAACAAGCGAUACCGCAUCUGGAAAAGACCCGGGGAAAUAUUGUUAAUAUCUCUUCUGUGACAACGUACACAGUCCAGCCUGAACUUAUAAUAUAUUCACUGGCAAAAAUUGGUCUAGAUCAUCUGUCAAGAAUACUGGCAGCAGAACUAGGGCCAAAAGGCCAGGAAGCAGGCGCGUUUAACAGUCAAACUGUUUUAGGUGAGCUUCGACAACAAGCUUGGAAGACCAGAACUGGAACGGUUGUAGAUGUAGCCGAGUUGGUCUCAUUCCUUGCUUCCGAGGCGGCUUCUUUGAUCACGGGCCAGAGCAUUAAACUUGAUGGUGGGAAGUCUUUAGGCCGCCCGUCUGAAUAA